ACCUGAUGAAUUAGUCAGUGACUGGGAGCCCUAGUCAGUAGUCACUAGUCAGUGUGCCGAACGACGUUGUGGAAAUAGGUUUUGUUGUUCAUUUCAAAAUAAUUUAGAGGAGUGACCAUCAAGCGGUGAGCUCUUAAGAGCAUGUUGCUACAAGUGCCUGUAGUGCUGGCACUAGUUGCUCUGGUCUCCAGUGUGAGGGCUGAGGCAGAGGAUGCUCUACCCAUCCAUGACUUGAAACCUGCCAGAGCUAAAGUUGAGAGCUGUAGUGGAUGACAGCUGAAUAGGCUUCCUCAGGUGAAGAAAUUCAUCCAUGAGGAUGUCCCACUCUUUCAUAACGUCGAGUUUGUGAAAGUUCCAGGUGCUCCACCAGUUCUCAUCUUUUUCAACAAGUUUGAUCAGGAGGUUGAGCGCGUGAGUUUGAGCAACCUGAACCAGCAGCAGUGCAAUGACGUGCUGCUCAAAAAGGGCUUCUUCAAGAGGAAGAACGCCGAUGACCCCGUGCCUGAAGAGUUCUUGGAGGGCCCCUACACCCCCAAGCAGGAGCUCUAACCUUCGUGGGAGAUGUCGGGAAGUGCAGCAGAAGAACUUACACCCUGAAAGCAUUCAAUUUAGAAAUGUGUGUUUGUGUUACUCAUGAUUUCUUGUAUAUUACAUUCUGAUCUGUGUCUACUGUUAUUUAAUAUGUAUCUGAAUUUUAUGUUAGUGGCUAUGAAAAUUCACAUUAGGGAAAAUAAUUUGGUGCAUCUGGAUACAAUUUAUUGCGUAUCAGUAUUGUCACUCAUCUUUACAAAAAGUUAUCUAAAUUACGUUGUUAAUUUCAUUUUUAUGUCGAGCGUGCGGCAGUAUCAAUUUGUCAUGAAUUUCAAUCUGACCUUUAAUUGAAGAGACCCGAAAAAUCGUCCGGACACUUUAUUUUUUGACUAAAACUUCCAACAAUAAUGCACACACAAUUUUAUUUUUACAUCUCAAAUUUUGUCAUUUUUUUCUUUUUUUAAGUGGCAUGGUGGAACUCCUUUAUUUAGGGAAUGCUCUACAUCAUCUAGCUGGUAAAAUAAGCUAUUUAUAUACGAAUUGAAUUAUUGAUUUUCCACAUUUCCUUUACGUUGUAAACGCUCGUUACGCUGGAAGGGAUCAGUUAGUAUAUUCAUGCUCCUAAAAAACAGUGGUUUCCUGUAUGAUGAAGAACUGCCAUGGAUGUAAGUUAGCACGACAAUUUGCCGGUGUAAUGUGGUGCACUCACGACGUGGACAGUCGAAAGAUUAUCUCUGACUGACUACUGAAUCUCAUUGCACUCUACGCACUGGUACUUGGAGUGCUUUUUUACAACCAUAAUUUUUGUGUUGGGGUUUUUGAAAUAAAUAAUUUUUCA